AAUUUUGAGAAACAAUGUUUCAUUAUUCGUUAGCAAAAAAAAAAAAAUAAAACGAAUUUGCUCUGAGGGGCUUAUAAUCUUGAAAGGUUUGUUCAUAAGCAGUACAUAUAUAUUCUUGUGUUAUUUUGUAGCACCCAACGAGGAGAAAAAUCUUCCUAAAUUCAACAUGCAUCAUACCGCGGCUAGUACAGUAACAUACGUGGAUUCAGAUAUCGUUAAAAAUUUCGGGUUUAUGCCUCAGGACAUUCUAGGACGUUCCGUUUUCGAUUUUUAUCAUCCUGAGGACAUGCCACUACUUAAGGAGGUUUACGAAGCAGCUUUAAGCCAAUGCCAGAUCGCCGGUGCCGUUUAUAGAAGUAAACCUUACAGAUUUGCAGUCCAAAACGGUGGUUUUGCUACCAUUGAGACUGACUGGUCGUGCUUUUUCAACCCAUGGUCUAGAAAAUUAGAAAUCGUUAUAGGAAUGCAUAACAUCUUAAAGGGACCCAGUAAUCCAGACGUUUUCGGCGUUUGUAAAGAAAAAGAGAUAAACAGCGUUUCAGAAGAGAUCCUGAAGAAGGGCGAUAUUGUGAGGGAAGAAAUUUUGAGGCUACUUAAUCAUUUAAUUUUUUAA